AUGUCUUCCAUGCAAAUCGUGCCGCCGUCGGUGCGCACGCAUACAAGCGUAUCUGGCCAGGAUACGGCACAUGCUGAACACGGCGUGCACGAUACUAUGCGCUACGGCUUGCGGAGCAUGCAUGCCGAAACCGCCGCGUCGACACAGCACCCAAUCCAGAACCGUUUGGAGCAGUGGGAGGAUAACCAGCGCGCGUGGAAAAUGACCGUGCAGCGCAAUACAUACGGGAUUGGCAUGCCGCUACGAACCGCGAUGGAGCGCAAGCUUGUUGCAUCGAAUUACCACAUGCCCGCACGCCGCGUCGCCAAUCUGCACUUGGACGUGCUCGACGGAAAGGACGAGACGAUCUCUCCUGCCGAUGUGCUGCCGACGGGCAUCGAAUAUGGCCCAGUAGAUAUUCACGCUGCCAUGGAGCGCAAGUACAAUGUAUAG